CAGUAUACAAGUAAGUCUGUUACACACUUCACAAAUUCUUAGACUUUACACCCUUAUAAUGGAAGCCAUUUAUGAAAAUACCGGUGAUGAAUUCAAAGAUCCUGUCUUCAAAUUUUCUGUAUCAAAUCCACCAGCUUCCAUCAAGUCCAACAGGAGAUUCUAUCUCGGUGUUAUUACUUUCAUGGUGAUGCUGAGUGUUCUUCUUUUAGCUGGACUCGUCAUUCUCGGCCUUCUCUAUGGUGACUCAGUAACACAUUUGUCAGAAAUCUCUGACAACAAAGACAAUCUGACUGAGCAUCUGAAUGCUGUUAUUGAGAGGAUGAAUUCCAGCCUCAUUGAAACAACCAAGAAGCUGAUGGACUUUAAACAGAGGAAAACAGGAUGUCCUGAGAAAUGGAUCAGAUUUAGUUCUUCUUGUUACUUUUUCUCUGGAGAGUCUAAGUCCUGGGAUGAAGCAAGAGAGUUCUGCAGAGCAAGAGGAGCUGAUCUGGUGGUGAUAAACACUGAAGGGGAAAAUACUUUUCUUGUUACAUUCAGAGAUCAACCAGUCUGGAUUGGACUGACUGAUAAAGUCCACGAGGGAACCUGGAAAUGGGUAGAUGGAAGUCCUCUGACUCUGACGUUCUGGGGAGACGAUCAGCCUGAUGAUGGUGGUGGAAUACAAGCUUACGGAGAAGAAGACUGUGUUCAAAUUAGAUAUACUUCUGGAUCCUGGAAUGAUGUUGCAUGCAAAAUGUCUCAGAAGUGGAUCUGUGAAAAAGAAGCAACUUUAUUUGUUUGAAAAUUACUUAAAAUUGAGAUGCAUUUUGAUCUGGUUUUUUUACCUUUCAGAAAACAUAUAUGGUACAAGACCAUGCAAAAAAUUGCUUAUUUUUCAAAAGUAGAAAAUACUUGUAGCUCAAUUUGAAAGAGAAAUAACUACUUAAUAUAUUCCUUACUUAAAAAUGUAAUCAGUUCUUUUAUCAAAAUCUGCUUUGUGUCUGAAGAUUUCGUUUUUAAAUUUGACAUUUCAUUGCCAAUCGAAGAACUUCUUUUAUGCUUUUUUGACGACAGUUGAAUGAGAUUUCUAUCAAUCAGCUUCUUAGUUUUGGUUUCUGCUUAAUCUCACUUUUCAUGCAACACUUCUUUCAUUUGUAUUUCAUAGCUCAUAAAACAUAAAAUAUCAACAUAAAAACUGUUCAUUCUUUUCUUAUA